GGUAGUACAGCCCCGGCUCACUGUCAGGCAGGGGGGGUAUCUGGGGUAGUACAGCCCCGGCUCACUGUCAGGCGGGGGGGGUAUUUGGGGCAGUACAGUCAGUGACAUAUCACAGUGAAUGGACAGAGCAGUGAGAAGGAGACACAGGGGAGGGGGGCAGGGGGUAUGAGACCAGACCCAACAUGGCACAGACAGGGACAGACUCAGGACUCUGGGGCUGCCUAUAACUGAGCCCCCCCCCCCCCCAGAAAGCCAUUGGGACGAUGAGACCCCAGCCGGACAGAGGCCUGAACUGGAAGAGACAUCAGUCAGUGCCAAGUCCCACAACUGACCCAGUCACAUUUGAGGACAUUGCUGUGCGCUUUUCAGAGGAGGAAUGGAAGGGGUUACAGGAGGGGCAGAAGGAGCUGUACCGCGAGGUGAUGCAGGACAAUUACCAGAACCUGACUGCUCUGGGACUUGUUAUCACCAAACCAGAGAUUGUGCUAAAGAUUGAGAAGGGGGAGGAUCCAAUCAUCGGCGUCUGUCUGGCUCCGGCACACAAACGUCCCACACACAUGGACGGAGCCCCAAAAGCAGCUCUAGGGCCCAAACAUUCCAAAUACCCACUAAGAAGCCACAGAGCCCCCCCUGGUUCCGCAGAGCGAGUCAGGAGCCUUGGGCAGAAGCAGCCGCCAGAGGAACCGAGUGCCAAGCGCUGUCCGGUGAAGAGGAAACCAACCCAACGGUCUCUGAAGCUGUUGAGAAGGUCUCCAAAAGUGGUCAUGGACACUGGGCUGGGGAACCACGUUACCCACGGGACACUGAACCAGCCUCAGCCAGAGAAACCCCAACAUGGGCCGGCUGGUGCCAGUGUGCCACGUAAUACCCGGAGGGGGCAAGGUAUUGUGUGCAAGAGAGAGGAGCUCUCUGAGGAGAAUGCCCACAUUCCAGGCCUUGGCGUUGGGAAGCCCUAUAGAUGUGCCCGGUGUGGAGAGACUUGGAACAAUCUGCUCGACUUCUUGUCCCACGAGGCGGGAAGCUGCCAGUAUCGCCCCUACGUCUGUAACAUCUGCUCCAAGACCUUCGUGAAGAAGCAGCACCUGAGCUCCCACCGCAAAGUCCACACCGAGGAGAGACCCUUCACCUGCCCCCAGUGCGGCCGCAGCUUCCGCCAGAGCUCCACUCUCACUACCCACCUAUGGAGCCACGCCGGCCACAAGCCCUUCCACUGCUCCUGCUGCCCCAAGAGCUUCAGCCGCAAAACCGACCUAGUGGCUCAUAUGAGGAGGCACACCGGGGAGCGUCCCUACGAGUGCCCCUACUGCUGGGAGAGGUUUAUCCGCAAGAAAUCCCUGCAGAGACACCUGCGCAAACACGCCGGCGAGAGUCUGCAAACCUUCUGGGAAACGCACUGUGCCACGGGCAGUCCCACGGAUGGGUCUACAGAGAGGAACCCAAAACUGGAGCUGUUAGCUACAGAUGGAGCAUUCCGUCUCAUACAGGCUGAUGCCAGCAAAGAGUUUCAUUUCAGAGGGAAGAAUGAGCUGGAGGGAUUAGAAGAAAGGAAUUUAGAGCAAUGUGACAGGAAGCUAAAGGGAGGAGACAGAAGGAAAGCUGAGCGGUGGGACAGGAAGUUGGAGGAGGGAGACAAACAGGAGGAUCACCAAUGGGACAAGGAGCAGGAAGGAAGGAAGGAUCAUGAGUUGCACAAGGGGCAGGGGAAAUCAGAAGGAAGGAAGAAUAAGCAGCAGGACAGGGGGCAGAGGGAAGGAAAAGGACAGGACUAUGAGGCAUGUGAUAUCCAACUGGAGAAAAGAAGCAGAAAGAGGGGUGAGAAGCAGUUGGAGAGAGAGCUCCCGGGGGCAGACAAUAGUGGGGGGGAGUCUGAGGGCAGAAAGCCAGAGGGAGCAGAUAAAGGGGAUGGAGAUCAUCAGGACAAGGGUAGAGAUGAGCAGCAGAACCCGGAGCCCGGAGGAACAGAAAAAAGGAUGGAUCAGCACCAGAAUAGGAAGUUGCAGAAAGCAAACAAAGGGAAGAAUGAGCAGGGGGACAGGAAGUUACAGGAAGCAGACAAAAGGAAGGAUGAGCAAUUGGACAGUAAGUUACAGGAAGCAGACAAAUGGAAGGAUGAGCAGGGGGACAGGAAGUUACAGGAAGCAGACAGAAAAAAGGAUGAGCAAUUGGACAGUAAGUUGCAGGAAGCAGACAAAGGGAAGAAUGAGCAGUGGGACAGGAUGUUGCAGGAAGCAGAGGGAAGGAAGGAUGAGCAGUGGGACAGGAAGUUGCAGGAAGCAGACAAAGGGAAGAAUGAGCAGUGGGACAGGAUGUUGCAGGAAGCAGAGGGAAGGAAGGAUGAGCAGUGGGACAGGAAGUUGCAGGAAGCAGACGGAAAGAAAGGCGAGCACCACAAGAGGAAAUUAUCUGACGCUGAGAGAGGGAACUCUCCAAGAGGGCAGGAAAAACAAGAAAUUGUUGCUGACGUGGAAAAAGAGGAGGAGCCAGGACAGAGCUCUCCUAAUAAGGGGGAAGUUAAAGUGAGGGACCAGGACACACAGACAGAGUUCCCAAGGCAGAAGAAGGCGACCGGGGUGCACCUACCAAUGCUGAGAGAGCUGAGAAGAUUCCGCAGGAUGUCCGAUAGGCUCCAGCAGGAAUGGGACAGCAUGAGGGCCACCAUGGACCUAUUUACUCAGGAGAUGAGGGAGCUGAAGGAGAUGGUGGCGACUGUAUGUUCUGUGAGGGACCCAGUGCGAAUUUGCCCCUCUGGCACAGAAGCUCCCACCUUGGCCGAGCCUCCCUCACAUCCAGCUUGGAUCAAUGCAGAGAGGACUUCACCCCAGCAGGGAGCAGACAGGUUUUCCAUCUCUUCCAGCAGAGCCUCACCAGAGAGCAGCCCCCAGUAUCCUCCUCCUUACCCUCUGGAGAACCUGUCUGACCAGAGUAGGGACGGGACAUCAUGGAUGUACCUGGCGUCUUCCCAUGAAGACUUACUCCCAUCAACAACUGACACAAUUCAGGUCAAAAGGGAAGGUGAGGCGGAAGGGUGCACCUCCCCUGAGGGCCCAACGCUCUAUGAUGAGUGCCGGAUGGGGGACCGGCUGCCCAAUAUCCCCAUGAUGCCCCUCAGCGCCGAGCGGGAAUGGUCUCUGCUGGCCAAGAGUGGAGGCAGGGCGGGGAGGUUUGCGGCUCUGGUGUUCCGCGCCCUCGUUCCAUUUGACAUAUACAAAGGGUGGGUCAACCACGUGAACCUGGAUGGGUUGAGGGGCAGGAGGGGGAUCCCGAUGAACGUCAAGAGGCGCCUGAUGGCCGUUGUGGAGCGUCACUUCACCCUGAGGAAGGGCGAUCACAGCGAGAUACGCAACAGGUUGAACGAGCAGCUGAGGACCCGGCGCAAAAGCGACAAACACCCUCACUGGUUCUUCUGACCCCUCAGGGGCUUUUCAUUGGACAGAAGUUUAUUUUUUUAUUACGGUUAAAUAAAGUAUAUAAAGAAGUUGUUCUACAUAUAAAAUAUAUAUAUUAUAUAGGGACCAGCUGUAGAUACCCAAUCAGAUAUUAUCUUUCUGCAUGUAAGGAGUGCAUCACAGAGGGCCUGAAGCAAGGUAUGCUGGGAAAGCCAGCAGCCAGCCAAUCAGGGCAGACUGAGCCCAACUUAUUGUUCCGAUAGAAUGAAAGUGAUGGAUUCUGUGGCUGCACAUUAAAGGGAAAGUUACCCACGA